AUGGAGCGCUUCUUGGGCUUUGUCAAGCAGAUAAGGAGAUCGAGGAGAAGAAAAGGCAAAAAGUACCGGCCAGAGGAGGAUUACCACGAGGGCUAUGAGGAUGUCUACUAUUAUGCCUCAGAACAUUUUCGAAAUGAGAGUCCUUACACAAAAUCUGCAAACCAGGCAAAGGCACCUGAUGGAGCACUGUCUGUGAGGAGACAGAGUAUUCCAGAGGAAUUCAAGGGCUCAACAAUAGUUGAAUUAAUGAAAAAAGAAGGCACCACCCUGGGGCUCACAGUAUCGGGUGGUAUCGACAAGGAUGGGAAACCGAGAGUGUCUAACCUUCGCCAAGGAGGAAUCGCUGCUAGGAGUGACCAGCUGGAUGUAGGGGACUACAUCAAAUCUGUGAAUGGAAUCAACCUGACCAAAUUUCGCCACGACGAGAUCAUCAGCCUGCUCAAGAAUGUUGGUGAAAGGGUUGUGUUGGAAGUGGAGUAUGAGCUGCCUCCAGUCUCUGUUCAAGGAUCAGGUCUCAUCUUUAGAACUGUGGAAGUUACUUUACAUAAAGAGGGGAAUACUUUUGGAUUUGUAAUAAGAGGUGGAGCACACGAUGACAGAAAUAAAUCUCGUCCUGUUGUAAUAACAUGUGUCAGACCUGGAGGGCCUGCUGACAGAGAGGGCACAAUCAAACCUGGGGACAGGCUGCUGAGCGUGGAUGGGAUCCGCCUGCUGGGAACAACACAUGCAGAGGCCAUGAGUAUUCUCAAACAGUGCGGGCAGGAGGCGACUCUGCUGGUUGAAUACGAUGUCUCGGUGAUGGAUUCAGUAGCAACAGCUUCUGGGCCACUGCUAGUUGAAGUUGCCAAAACUCCUGGUGCUGCUCUUGGGGUUGCACUAUCUACCUCGAUGUGCUGCAACAAGCAGGUCAUUGUCAUAGACAAAAUCAAAUCUGCAAGUAUUGCAGACAGAUGUGGUGCAUUACAUGUAGGAGACCAUAUUCUGUCCAUUGAUGGCACCAGCAUGGAGUACUGUACACUGGCAGAAGCAACACAGUUUUUGGCUAAUGCAGCGGAUAAUGUCAAACUGGAGAUCCUCCCCCACCACCAGACACGGCUGGCACUGAAAGGCCCAGAGCACGUGAAGGUUGAAAGAAGCAACAGGCAACUUACCUGGGAUUCGUGUGCCAACAGCCACAGCAGCCUCCUCACCUACCACCAUUAUAACACCUACCACCCUGACCAUUGCAGGAUGCCAGCCCUGAAAUUCCAGAAAGCGCCUCCUCCAAACAGCCUUCCAGCUCUGGUGUCUUCAUCCUUCUCUCCUACCUCCAUGAGUGCAUACAGCCUGAGUUCCCUCAACAUGGGGACCUUACCUCGCAGCCUCUACUCCACCAGCCCACGUGGGACAAUGAUGAGGCGGAGGAUGAAAAAGAAGGACUUCAAAAGCUCCUUGUCUUUAGCCUCUAGCACUGUUGGUUUGGCUGGGCAGGUCGUGCACACAGAAACCACAGAAGUGGUGCUGACAGCUGACCCCAUAGUGGGGUUUGGGAUACAGCUCCAGGGCAGCGUGUUUGCCACUGAGACCUUGUCUUCUCCACCUCUCAUCUCCUAUAUCGAGGCUGACAGUCCAGCAGAAAGGUGUGGGGUGCUGCAAAUAGGAGACAGAAUAGUGUCAAUAAAUGGCAUCCCAACAGAAGACAGCACAUUUGAUGAGGCCAAUCAACUGCUCAGAGACUCCUCUAUCACCAACAAGGUCACUUUGGAAAUAGAAUUUGAUGUUGCAGAAUCAGUUAUACCAAGCAGUGGAACAUUUCAUGUGAAAUUACCAAAGAAGCAAAAUGUGGAACUUGGCAUCACCAUAAGUUCUCCAUCAAGUAGAAAACCAGGGGACCCUCUGGUUAUUUCUGAUAUCAAGAAAGGAAGUGUUGCUCACAGAACUGGGACACUCGAACUGGGUGAUAAGUUGCUGGCAAUAGAUAACAUCCGACUUGACAACUGCUCAAUGGAAGAUGCUGUCCAGAUCCUUCAGCACUGUGAGGACCUUGUGAAGUUAAAGAUCCGCAAAGAUGAAGAUAAUUCCGAUGAACAGGAGAGCUCUGGAGCAAUUAUUUAUACUGUUGAGCUCAAGCGCUAUGGUGGGCCUCUUGGAAUUACAAUCUCUGGGACUGAAGAGCCCUUUGAUCCUAUAAUCAUUUCCAGCCUUACAAAAGGAGGAUUAGCUGAAAGGACUGGGGCAAUUCACAUAGGAGACAGAAUCCUAGCAAUAAAUAGUAGCAGUCUGAAAGGAAAACCUUUGAGUGAAGCCAUUCAUUUAUUACAGAUGGCAGGAGAAACUGUCACCUUGAAAAUCAAGAAGCAAACAGAUGCUACCAGUCCCAAGAAAUUUUCAGUGCCUAUGGGUCACGUGAGCGAGCUGAGCGAUGCUGAAGAUGAAAGCUCUGCUGCACAGAAAUCUGGCAAGCUCUCAGACAUCUAUUCCACUACAGUGCCAAGUGUUGACAGCGCAGUGGAGUCAUGGGAUGGCUCUGGUAUUGAUACCGGCUUUGGAAAUCAAGGACACACCUACCAGGCUGCAGGAUACAGCUUCAAUGCCUAUGAGUGGAGGAGUGCCAAGCAGGCCAGUGUGUCCCCUCCGGGCAGAGCUCGGAGCCACGCGCUCCACGACGCGGGGCUGGGCGACGACGACUGGGACCGACCUGCAGCGAGCACCACAGCUUCCAAGAAUAUGUGGCAACAGAAGGAGACUGAGACAUUGGGAGAGAAUCACGAAAACCAUUUAAAGCAAACAUCUGUAGAAAAAUCAGAUGGAGAGAGCAUCAGGAGCGUGAAGAAAGAGGGAAAGAUGUGGAAAGGUGCCUCUGGAGGGCAAAGGAAAGGUGGGGGACAGCUGGAAGAGUGGAAUACUUCCAGCUUCACAGGUACCCAUGAUAACACCGAGGCUGACCAGGAGGAAAACUUCUGGUCUCAGGCUCUGGAGGAUUUAGAGACCUGUGGCCAGUCAGGAAUUCUGAGGGAACUAGAGGCCACAAUCAUGUCAGGAAGUACAAUGAGUUUGAACCAUGAAAACCCACAGCCUCGUAACCAGCUGGGAAGACAAGCCAGCUUCCAGGAAAGAAGUUCUGUAAGGCCACAUUACAGUCAAGCCACUCGUAGCAACACAUUGCCAUCAGAUGUGGGGAGAAAGUCCAUGGUUCUGAGAAAGUUUAAGCAAGAAAUGAAAGAAAUCAUGUCACCAACUCCUGUGGAGUUACACAAGGUAACUUUGUACAAGGACUCUGAUGGGGAAGACUUUGGGUUCAGUGUCUCAGAUGGUUUAUUGGAAAAAGGAGUGUAUGUGAAAAACAUUCGGCCAGCUGGCCCUGGUGAUCUGGGAGGUUUAAAACCAUAUGACAGACUUUUACAGGUAAACCAUGUUCGCACCAGAGACUUUGACUGCUGUUUGGUCGUGCCCCUCAUCGCAGAAUCCGGCAAUAAGCUGGAACUGGUGAUUAGCAGAAACCCACUGGCAUCUCAGAAAGGAAGCUCAGAACACCCGUCAGGGAGCGGGGAGUGGAGCGACCCCAACGCCGCCUUCCUUCAGCAGAGCGGGCACAGCAGUGCUGGCACGGAGACACGGGACCCUACGAACACCUUAUAGCAGAAACCACUCAGCAGGACACUCGGGAACUCCCAGACAUUAUGGUGCUAAAUCCAUUCGAGAUUCCUCUGAGAUCGAGGCUUAGAUGCUGUACAGCACUGAAAAGCACAGGAGGGCAGUUGGUCUGUCUCAAGGCUUCUAUUAAUCCACAGUUACUUUGGAAAUAGUUUCAUUCUUCAUUAAGUCAAGUCAUUCCAUUCUAAAACAAUCUAGGAUUAGUAACAGUAAAAAAAUACAUAAGGGCCUUUUUUUCCCCAAAUAAGAAACAGGGGAGAUGUUCUAAACAUGAUCUAAAUGUUCUUCUCCCUCCAGCAGCAGCUGUUUGAGGGAAAAACACGGAGUUAACCUCUGCUAACAAACAGUAGUGUCCAGGUUAUGUGGUUUUUAAAAAGCCUUUUAUCAGGAAGGUGCUGCUGUCUGAUGGACAAGGCAGAGAGAUUACUGCUCUGGC